AUGCCAGAUCAUUAUGCUUCAGUCGUGCUUCCGACUGUACAUACUGUGUCAGUGAAAACUGACAAGUAUGUUGAUUUAAGUCAAGAUGAAGAAAUUGAUUCAUCAAGAAUAAAAAGAGAAGGUGUCCCCGAAAAUAGGGACUUGACUGUUCUCCUCGUAAACCAGCAGAGGAAUGACUAUAAUACGAAGAUCGGCCGGUACCACAGUGUGAAACCCCUUAUCGGCCUAUUGACAUCAACGGCGCGAACGUUCAUCCAGGAUGGUGUGACCACUGAAUUUGCUACUCAGAUUCUUGGUACCACGUUGGAUAAUGGACGGAUUUACGCACAACUCCUUACUAAAUCUUCACUUGUUCUUUACAAUAAGCCUACAAAUGUUGAAGACACUGUUGUUGUUAAGCAAACUCGUAUACACUCAGCUUUCGAUGGCGAGUGGAAAGUCAAGCAGGAUUUAGGCUUCAUUGAUGAAAAUGAAAAGUUUAUUCUUAAAAACACUGACUAUCUGGCUCCAAGUAGUAAAAUGGAAAUUGUUUACGCCAGCAAACCAGCUCAGGAUAUACUUAAAUAUUGGGAUAAUCCAUCUGUGCCUGAGGGUCAAUUUGAAAACGUAAUUCUUGAAGAGCCUACAGCUCGUAGGGUACAGCCUAUUAACGAAAUACCUCGGUAUGUUCAAAAUGAAGCCUUCAAUUACCUUGACGGUCCAUAUGUCGAUACUGAGAAAAAAAAAGAGUUAAUAAUAGAGCCAUCAAUUGUAAACGAUGUAAAUACAUUUAAUAGACAAAGCAAAUCUUACGAAUCGGCUAAUGAAUCCGUUAAUUCAGAAUCACGACCUUCCAAUAGUGUCAUAGAUGAAACGAAUAUAGUUAAGGUUAAACCUAAUUACGACUUACCGACGUUCACUAUCAAGAACGAAUUUUCACCCAUAUUUUAUUAUAUAGAUAAUGUUGAGUCAAAACGAGUUCAGACUCCUGUAGAACAGCAGACCAAAACACCUAAAAAGUUGUUUGGUCAAAAGAGCGAACCUAGGCCUAAGAAAACGUUUACUUAUGCAGGUUUUGCUGACUUCACGACAGUUGUAGGUGAUACAGUCAUUAUAUUUACACCUAAUACAGAAACGAAUAAGCUACAAAAUCCAGAUGAAGUUAAUGUAUUUCCUUCAGCAAAACGGGUUGAUAAACUAGCUACUAAAAUAACCUUCCUUGCAUCUGAUAUUCCUGUGCCUACAUCGACAUUUAAAAACCAUGAAACCCCCUCACCUACCACUGUAGCAGUCCCAGAUGGAGAUAAUAGGUCCGAAAAAGCUCUAUUUAAUGACGAAGAAAGUCUCAAAAAUGUGUUGUACGAAGUUAAUAAUAAGGUACCAGAUGCUAUAAGUGUUCAGUAUAAUAACGGUUUCAAUAUUAAUGUAGAUGUUAUCCAGCCUUCUGAAACCCCUGUAUCUACAACAGAAAGCACUCGCACUUCAGAAGAAUUAGGAGUAUUACCUAUUCAGGAUUAUAGUUCACAUGCGACUGAGCCACUAACUUCAUUAUCACCAACAUCUACUGUACAAGAAGUACUUCAGGAAUCAGCAGUUACAGAACAAAAUAUAAUUGAUUUAUUUACAAAUUCUGAAGAGGAAUCUGACAACACAGCGGCGGAAGUAACGGAACGAAUUGAAGAAGAAAAUGAAGAAGAUGUAACUACUGAUGUUCCCAAAGAUGUCAUGACUACUACUGAAAGUGGACACAGUGAAGAGUCUUACGAAGACUUUGAAACCACUACUGAAUCAAAAUUCAUACCAACUGAAUCUCAGGAAGACACUGAUGACGAUAACCAAGAGGGAGUAGUGUGUACUGAGGGCCUUGAAACACAAUCUACAAUGACAACGGCUUAUAAAACUUUGACUUACUUGACAACUUAUUUCAUUCCUUUAGAAAGUACAGAAACUAGUACAUCUAUAAAAUCUGACGUUGUUGUUGAAAGUAAUAUUGGUUAUUUAACAAACGUUGUUUGUAGAACGAAUCUUAACAUUGAACCUACAGCCGUAGUAAAUGUUGAUUUAAAUUAUUCUGUACACACGCAAGUAAAAGCUCACGAAACUGUAACUAAAGCUUCUUCAAGUGAAUCAUCUGUGGAAAGUAAGUUAAUUACGGAAGUACCUCAAACCACACAACCAGAAGAAGUAGAAACUACUACUGCAGAAGAAGAAAAAAAUAAGGCGGGUGAUGCAGAAGAAGAAUCUGAAGCGGUUGCAGAAGAUAAAGAACCUGAAAUUACUUCAACUACCACGACAAGCACUACUGAAAAAAUUGACAUCAAAGAAGGCCAUGUUGAAGUUUCUAUCAGUACUGAACAAGCAACAGUUCCAACAGAAAAACCGACUUCACCUGCUCCUAUAACUGAAGAGGUUGAAGACCAUGAAAAUGAAAUCGACGUCAUUUAUAAAACAUUAUAUACUACUUACACAUACUUCACUACAUUCUUUGGAGAUCAGACCUCAAGUGUGGCUAGUCACAAGUCAGUAUUAACUAAUAUCAUUACGUCAACAAUUGAUCUCUCCAAAUUAGACCCAUCUUUGUUGGGAGCUUUUAAUGAUGACGAAAUUGCACCAACUAGUGUGGGAAUAGGGCGUCCUACUGAAUUAUUGUAUAGAAACAGCAUUAUAGAUCUUGUUAAAAAUAAGGAAGUGAUUGAAUCGGUAGAGGUUGAUAAUAUUUAUAGUUCUCAGACACCCACUCCAUCGUUAGGUGACGACAUUGCGGCAAGCAUUAAGCCGGAUGCCGUGAAGACAUAUUACACAACUUAUACAUUCUUUACUACAAUUUAUGUUGGUACUGAUGCUAAUGUAUGCAGUCGGAAUGAAGUGUAUACUAAUUACGUUGGACCUGAUGAACUGAUACCCACAAAAGCUAAUCCAUUGGCAGUAGCUAAUACAAGGGCUCAAUUUGAUUUUAGAAAUUGUAAACAGGUUAAGAUGGCACGACCUGCUAAUCAAGAGGAAAACACGUCUAUGGAGUCGAGCGUAAGUGUAGAGCAAGAUGUUGUGAAACCUUUUGAAGAUUCUAAGAGUGAUGUUUCUCCGCAACCGACUCCAAUAGAAGUAGACAUGUUAUUCAGUGUUGAAUCCAACCCCUUAGAAUCCGAAAAUUCUUUUGUAACUGACGUAAAAUCCUCGUCCUCUAAAGGAGAAAGAAAGAUACUGGAUAAUAACAACAUUAUAUUGGAUGAUCAGAUUAGCUCAGAAAGUAAUAUUGAAGAAAUUCUUCCAUCACCUACUCUUUUGCUCCAGACAAGUUAUACCACAUUUACAUAUUUUACAACAAUGUACAUUGGAAAAGAUUCUAGUAAAGUCAAAAGUCGCUUAGAGACUAUUACAAAUGUCGUAACAGAAACAAUAAUGCCAAAUAAAGAACCUGAGGAAGAAAGUAACUUACCAAUCACAUAUUAUACAACAUUUACUUAUUGGACUACGCUUUACAAGGAUAAAUCAACUACCAUUACAAGUCGGGAAGAAAUUGUUUCAAAUGUUGUGACUCCAGUUCCUCAGGUUAUUGCUACCAUUAGCCCCAUUGACACAACUCCUAUCGAUGUUGAUAAUGUAUUGCCUCCCAAAGAUUUAGAACUGGAAUUGAAACCUUCCUUAGUCACUGAUAAUGUUGAUCAAGAUGAUGGCCAAGCAACUUUCUAUACGACUUACACAUAUUUUACCACUUUUUACACAGGAAAUACAUCUCAGAUUAGAAGUAGUUUGCAGACUGUAACAAGCGUAGCAAGUAUAGCUGAUGAUUCAAAACUUGUCGAAGAUAACCAACUAGGUAGGAAAGUUCCAGUCGGACCGGCAGAUCAGAACCUUAUCCAAGAUGGCAAAGAAAAACCAUAUAUUUCUAUAACCACAGUAAAAGAGGAAAUAAUUCCAACUCAAUUGCCUGAUCCCAUUUCUGGGCCAUCCACUGUUCUUUUAGGUACUUACAUUGAUAACUUAUUUGCCGAAGUAAAACCAGAAGAAAAACCCAUAACCCCCGCUCCUGAGAGCGAGAAAAAGAUAAUUUUCUCUCAAGUAGCUGUUAUAUCUGGUGACUCAACAAUAGUUACAAGUGAUAAUAAAACACUAGCUGCUGAUACUACUAGCACUAGUUCAAAACCCAUAACUACUACUGAAGGUUCUAUUAUUAGCCCUACACCUCAAGUAAUUGAAAGUUCAGUUGGAGAACCUGAAAUCACAACUGAAGGUGCACAUGAGUCAGAAGAAGAGGAAGAAGAUAAUUUAAAUACUAGGAAGAAAUCCCGAUUAACAUUUACACCGAAAAAACCAUCGACUACGCCUGUGAUUAUUCCGUUUGCUUCUCGUAACAGGCCGACUUUUAUUCCAAAACGUGUGCCAUUGGCAAGUGGAGCAACUACUAUCACUCGUGCUGAUUUUACACCCCCUGUUAUAACUGCUACACCUAGUUUGAAGUCUGUAAAAUCUUCGGGUUACAGCGGUAAUAGAAAAGUGUCAGUUUUCUCUGGUUCUUCGAGUGCUGGUAAACGAUUCCCUGGGCGAAGUAGUGUAGGAAAUCCAAGCGGUAAUAUUCCAUCAGCGUCAAGAUCUGGAGGGUUUGGUCAAAGGGCUAGUAUUCAACCUACAUCUAGAAGGUCAGGUUUCAGAUCAGGCUCUGUAAGGGGUAGCAGCUUAGACUAUAUCAGUAGAUCCGCUGUGCCAAGGAUUAGGCCUACUGCUUCCAGCAGGUUUCCUCCGGCUCGAAAUAUAAGACCAUCUGCCUCCAUAACAUUUUCACCUCAAGAUCAGAACGAUGAAACAUUAGCUACUCAGCAAGAAGAAAGUGUCACUGAAGCGCUUGAAGAGGUUACCGAGUCGCCAGUCAGAAGUACUAAUAAUCCACUCUUAAGGUUUAGACGGCCACCAAUUGCUAGACAACCAGGAACUGCAAUUACUCCUAGGUCAACUACAUCUUCAUCACGACGUGGUGCAGUUACUCCCAGAGGUAGAUUCACAACUACAACUAAACGUUCUACUACAAGAUCUACUCCAAAUCCACUUCUAUCAUUACGUAGGCAGAGACCUAAUGCAUUGUUUCCUAGAAGAAACUUGUUCAGACAACCUGAACCAGAAGUUGAAGAAGAAAUUAAAGAAGAGGAACAGAAGGUCGAAGAAAGUGAAGAGUUAUUAGAUGAAGAGGAAUUUGAUGAAGACAAUGACUAUGAUUCGUCUGAUCGAAAAGAAAGACAAGUACCUACACCGUCCACUACGACUUCUAAGAAAAAUAUAGUGCAAAUAAGACCUUUUACGUUUAGAAGGCGUACCAAACGUCAAGUUGAUUACGGCAAUAGAAAAUUUUCCAACUUUAGAAGACCGGGAACGAAAACUACUACUCGCAGACCCGAACCAGAAACUGAGCCACCAACUACUGUAAAACAGAGAUCUAGUCGCUACAAUAACCGUGCAAAUUCAAGAAGUACCACAGUGUCAUCACCUAAAUCAGCUGCGAGACAACCUUUUAUUGUCCGUGGAGAAACGAGGACUACUACGACUACAAGUGCCCCAGCCUACAGAAGAGGAAAAGCUCCGAGGCCAUCGUCAAGAACUACCACAACCGCAUCUCGACCAAAACCUCCGAGACUUAACAAAAGCUCGUCUGGUCUAGGCACUAGGUCAAGUACAUCCCGUAGCUCUAACUCAGCAAGGUCGUCACGACCUCGCACUACUACAAGUAGGGCAUCUAGCAGACAAAGAAACUCUUUUGAAAACGUAAGUGGAGAACGUUACAACUACAAAAAUAUUUUAGAUGAUGGUAAGAUUACUAUAACACAUCAGAUACCAACUGAAAUAACAGUACCAAUAGUAAAUGGCAAAAUUACUGAGUACAAAAACUUAUUAUCUGCAACACCUAGCUUAGAAACGCUAUUAGACAAUCAAGUUUUGACUACUUUCGGGCCUUUCGGUAAUCAACAGUUAGUUCUGGCUGCAGAAUCCACAGAACUAGCUGACAACGGAGCUACUAAAAUUAUUAAAUAUCUCCUUCACGAGACUCCAACUACUACCGUGAUAUUUACCCCUACUACCAUCCGAGGUCGCAAAACAUCUUUCUCCCAUAUUUUACCCAGCACUAUUUAUAAUGUAGAACCUGUUACUCAAACUAUUGCACCCGAGAUUAACGCUAACGUUCCACUCGCCAACUUACUGCUUUCUCAAUUAUUGCUGGGAGGACAGCAGCCGGGUAUCAACCCACUUCUUGCUUUACAAGGACAGGGCUUGCUUCCACAGCAACCAGUAGUGCAAACGCCAGUCACAGAAUUCAAAACUCGAACAACUACUUAUGUGACCACUGUUGUAGAUGCCAGGGAAACAGUGUUACCUAUAACGUUUAGGGGCAAAGCAAUUUUGACUACAAUUGUUGAUCCAACAACUAACGUAAUUACUGCGACAGAAUUUGUCACUGAUACAGUUGUGACUACGCCCACUGCUUUAGCACCUGCACCUCAACUGAACUCGUUACUGCUUCCUCUUCUUUUGCAACAACAGCAGCAGCAACAACAAGUUUCGUUGUCGACUCCUAAUCCUUUGUUAGGCUUAGGUUUAGGUCAAGACUUAACUGGUUUAGGUGGUCUUAACAAUUUUAACAAUCUCGGUUUGACUCCCAAUCUUAAUCAGCAACAUAAUUUAAACAACGAUAUCUUUAGUAAUAGCCCCAAACCUAAUAUUCUGCCGGACUUAAGCAGUAACGAAGACUUUUCUGAUGAUGUUCAGUAUCCCGAAGAAGAUGCUCCACCACCUCCACCUCCUUCUCGUAAAAAUAAAAAACGUCCAAAACCCGUACCUGCAGCUCCUCCUAAACAGACCAGUGUAGUGACAUUAUACGUAUCAGGAAGACACCCUGGCGAGUUCAGUACAGUGUUGUCGACAGUGGUGUCAGAUGAUACACAAACGGUCAGAAAGCGUGAAGCUAUAUAUUAUGACAAUGUUCAAGUUUUGCCAUCUAUGCUGCCUACAGUUAGAGAGCUUAGCGGGUCCUUUACCGAUAACAGUGCAGUUUUGGAAACUGAAAAUUAUUUGAACAAUGGUUCUCUUGAAAACCAAGUUGAAACACAAAGUUUAGAAAGUAUAGUGGGAGAAGUAAGUAGGCAUAUUAGGUAUGAUGCAUCACCGACUUACGUCGUGAAGGCAGCAAGCCCAUCUGCCAUUCGAGACUUGAGGCAAAGUUUAAUUGAUGACGUUUCGUGA